CCCUUCCCUUACGUUUUUCCUCUCUUCUUACCUAUGCCAAACGGCGCGCGCGCGUGCCCGUUCUCCUCACCCGUACUCCUCUCUCGUCGCCCUCCUCAUUCCAGCCAUGCUCUCCAAUGCCCAGCCAUUGCCCACCCGCAGCUUCCAUCUCCAUUCCAGCUUUCCAUUUUCCUUUUCGUAUCAUCCACCUUCUCAUCUUCCAUUUUUCUUUUUUUUUUUUUUUUUUUGCAUUCCGUGCCCUUGUCAUUUCAUAUUUGGAUUUUAGCCUGACUCUAAUGUUUCUUUCUACUUUCGUCGAUUCGUUCCUUCCUAUCAAGGAAUAAAAUUAAUCAUCGAACAUAACGAUCCACGCAUCCUCCUCGUUCCGAUCGACCUUCUUCCCUUUUUCCCUUCUUUUCGUUCUCCAUGAGAAUUUUCGCCAUCGUUCUUCUUGGCUACGUAUUCUUUCUCCAUCCUUAUCCUUUUGCUUCUCUCUUUUUUCCUCGCUCUCUUUUCUUUUUUCCUGCAUCGUUCUGUCAACCUCCCCGCCUUCCUUUCUCUCGCCUUCUCCACCUCUGCAUAUGCCUGCCCUCCCCUCUCACGAACCGGCCGAUAAUUUUAGAUUCUCGGCGCAGUGGCUCGACACUGCUACUGCUCAGCCUGCGCCGCGCACUCGAAUAUCGACAUUCGACAUCCGCGAGAACCGCGAGCACAUGCGACCUCACCGAAACCCCGAGGGAGAGUUCGGACUACGUACUUAGAGAGGGGAGUAUCAAUGCACUAGCUAACCUUCCCCCUGCAUCCUUGCUGCUUCGCUUCCUCGCUUUCUUACUUUCUACCGUAUUUUUCUUUAUUAUACGCUGCUUCUUCUUGUGCCUUCUCAAUAGCGACUUUGAUUUUUUCCUCCUUUCUAUAAUCAAUAUCGUUUCUCUUCUACUAUGCUAAAAUGGUUCUAACAUUCUUCCGUUUUUACUCUUUUAUCCAUUCCUAUACGUAUAAAGUCAUUUCCAUCAUGUUCUCUGUUUUUUUCAUCGUUAGAAUUCAUCGUUGGAUGUACGUAUGUCUUUUGAUAGCAUUGCACAGGCUCGGAAGAUUGAAAUUUUGACGUUUGCUCUUACAUUACGUCGUUACGUAGAUCAACGUCGACAAAUUCACCUGAAAAAAUUCAGUACGGAAUUUUCGAACCAUGUACCGGAUUGAUCAGAGAUUGGAGCAAAUAUAAUUCGACCCUAAGCCAGUCAACCGGAAAAUUGAUGCAUAUACCUCGAGUUCUAACUCGCGAGUCAAUAUUAUGUGUACUAGUUAUUUUUAACAACAAAAUCAUGCAUGAACUUCUUACGUUCACACGAAAUGUUUCUUGUAGACGUGAUCGAUUUUUGUAUUAUCGAUGUACGUCUUUCUUAAUUCGCACUUUUACCAAUUACAACGAGAUCGACGGAGAAUCGAAUAAACUGAAAUAAUAUCGAAGUAAACGCUAAAGAACUUUCGACUGCUUAAUUAAUAAUACUUCGUUGUUAUUUUAGCAUGAUAGAUAGAUAUUCCCUUUUAAUUCGUAGCCAUAAAAUUAUUCGAACUUCAUAGAGAGCGUCAACGUCAUCAUUCGUACCAACGUUAUAGUCGUCGAUCUUUUCCUACAUUCGAUUUGAACAAGUGUCGCAUUGUACAGUGGUUUUGGUUUUUUUUAUCUGAAUUUGUGUACAUGUUGUUCCACAAUGAGAUUAACAGGAUUAUAUUGUGCCCUUUUCAUCGCAUGCUGCUUAUCAUUUAGCCACGCCCUGGAAUGCUAUGUAUGUACCAAUCAAGAGGGUAAUCGAGAAAAAUGUUUAAAGAGUACAAAAAUCUGUGAACAGAGUCAAGACACGUGUUUAACGGAAAUUAAAUGGGGAAGUACACCAUAUUGGUCACAAGGUGCGAAGAAACAGUUUUAUGUUUCAAAGAGAUGUGCAACAAGAAAAGAAUGCGAAAGAAUAAAACAUUCUAAUAUGGGAGAUUGCACGUAUAUAUGGUACGAAGACUGGAAAUGUUCCGAUUGUUGUCAAGGAGAUAAAUGCAAUUAUUAUGUUAUCUCUGCAGCGGAGAAAAUACAUGUUUCCUGGCUGAUCGUAAUGAUAACUUUGCAUAGUUUAUGGCAUAUAGUGAAAUGACGAAUAAUGUCAAAAGAUAUUGCUCCAGCGUCGGCCUCUCGCAACUAGUGAUAUUCCUUUUCAUUAGAAAAACAAUGUUUUUCAACCGUGCAUGGAACGAAUAAUUAUAUAUUAUAUAUAUUUUAAUUGUAACUAUAUAUAAGAUGAUACUUUGCAUGUAUCUGAAAGGAAUAUAUUUAGGAAAAAAAGACGAUGCGGAAUAUUUCUGCGAUAAAAGCAAUUCAUACUCUCCGUAUCAUAUAAUCUAUAAUAUAAGGUAAAACAACGGUGGAAUUGUAUAUAACAUCUGUCCAAUCCGUCCAAACACUCUUUUUAUACAUUUUGUUAAGAGAAUUUUAUUAAAUAAUGCACUAACAAAUAUUUUGUACUUGUUGAUAAAAUUAAUAAAAUUACAUGUAAUAUGUAA